GGACCAACUUCUGCUGGUGGAAGGUACAAACUUUCAAACUACACAGGGCUCUUCUUCAGGUCUGGGGAAGGAAACAGAGUGUCUGGUGGCAUGGUUAUCUUUGCUGUCCUCUUCUGAGUGUGGUGAAGAUUUGCACGUCAAGCUGUCACUGGCAAUUGUUUCCCACAGAAGAGAAGGCGAGAACAGUGAGGUGACUGGGAAUUUUUGAGUAUCUAUUUAAAACAGACUGGAUGAAAGGCACAUUCUGGGUUUUAUUUUAAAAAGCACAAAAAGGGGGAGAGAAUUUUCAAAUGGACGAGGCCCCUGGAGAUGCAUCUCUAACAUUCAGGGAUGCACCGCCUCUUCUUGCAGCAUCUUUGAUCCACGCUGCAAUUGAUGAGGUGCUACAGACUGAUCUUUCUGUUUUUAAGAAGCAGAGUGUGGAAGGGGAGGAAGAAGGAGACCAGGGGAAGUUCACCUUGCUGGAUGGAGGCUCUUUGCAGCGCUGUUUCUUUAAUAAGCUGCGAGACAUCUGCUGUGAAUGGCAGAAGCAACUGCCAUCCCUGAAGUCACUGAAGCGCUUCCUGCUUAUUUCCAGCCAUGCCAUCCGCAACGUCCGCCGGAAAAUGGAGGACAGACAUGUUUCUCUCCCAGAAUUCAAUCAGCUCUUCGGCUUGUCGGAUGACGUUGAUCGAGCAUACUUUGCUGUAUUUGAUGGCCAUGGUGGAGUGGAUGCCGCCAAUUAUGCAGCAACUCAUUUGCACAUAAAUGUUGCAUUACACAAGGAGAUUCUUAAGAACCCAACUGAGGCCUUGAAAGGCUCUUUCCAGCAAACUGAUGAAAUGUUCCUUUUCAAAGCUGAAAGAGAGAGGCUGCGGAGUGGUACAACAGGUGUAUCUGCCUUAAUUGUAGGGAACAGGUUACACAUAGCCUGGGUUGGAGACUCCCAGGUAAUGUUGGUGCAGCAGGGAAAAGCUGUGACCCUGAUGGAACCUCACAAACCUGAAAGAGAAGAUGAAAGAAUGCGAAUAGAAGCCCUAGGUGGCUGUGUGACCUACAUGGACUGCUGGCGGGUCAAUGGAACCCUUGCUGUUUCCAGGGCUAUUGGUGAUAUAUAUCAGAAGCCCUAUAUCUCUGGAAAUGCAGAUGGUAAUUCAUUUGAGCUGACAGGUUCUGAAGAUUACUUGCUCCUGGCCUGUGAUGGAUUCUUUGAUGCCAUCAGACCAUAUGACGUGGUGGAUCUGGUCCUAGAUCACUUAAAGCAAAACAAAGGAGAUGGUCUCAAGGCAGCAGAGAGACUGGUGUCUGCAGCAAAGGAAAAUGGAUCCAGUGAUAACAUCACCGUCUUGGUGGUCUUCUUAAGGGAUCCCCAAGACAUCUUGGCAGACUGCUUGAGAGACCCUAAAAGCCUCAGUGUUGAUGAGGGUGCAGAGGAUUCACCCUUUAACUUUUUCAGCUCUGAGAUGAACAAUCAGAGCGACAGCCACACAACGACAAAAUCUUAACUCACAUAUGUUCCACAAAAGAAAUUUUCUUUCCAUUGAAGAAGCCUCUAGUAGGAUGGGUAAAAUGUCAGGAAUAAGGUGACCAAAAGUCCACAAAGAAAAAUGUCAGAGCUCAUCUUACUAUAUCCAUUGUCCCCUCUUCCCCUGAAACAGCUGAGCAGGCUGGAAGACUUGUGCAGCUACUUCUUCCCUGGAAAUAGUUUUAAAGUGUUUUCCAUGUUGCCAGUUCAUGUUCCUCUUGUCCUGGAGGUGGUAAGGAACGUAUAAGCUAAUGGAGGAGAAUACUUAUUUGUAUUAUGCUUAUUUGGGUUCUGCUUUAAUUUAAAAUAGUGCUUAAAACAGAAAGCUAACAUGCACAUAGUUAAUUGUAAUGUUACCUAUUUUGGGGUGGGGUGGGGAAAGCCAUCAUCAAAGAGAAGCUUUUUACUGCACACUAUCUCUAUGAACAGGUUCAGUAUUCUAGAGGAUUAGGCUCUUUGGUAACCUGAAAAGAGAGGACACUUGCUGACUGUGUUUGAAAGGGGUCCAUAAAAAUUGUGUGUAUAUGCUCUGCCAAUUCAAUAGGCCCUGUACUUGCCACAUCCUUUUUUAUGGUUCACUAUAAACAAAGUGAAGUAUUUUAUUUUUUUCUUUUUUAUAAAGGUUUUGAGUAUUUACUGAAUGUUAUGAUUGUGGGAACUUUUUUUGCAGUGUUACUGUAUUUUGUUGUGGGUUUUUUUUAUUUAAAUAAUUAGGAUUUUUAAAAUGUACACUUUUGUUGUCUGGCUUUAAAAACUGGCCACCUUCAAGUGCCUUAAAUGUUUCAGAAAAGGAUGGGAAAGGUUAGUUUUCUAUCAAAUUCAGGUGACCGUGUUCUAGUUAUGUUUUUAAAAUUUGAUUUAAUUAAUAUAAAUAUUUUAAUGCACUUACAGCUCUUUCAUUUUUUUGUGAAUGACUGAGCAGGAACUAUGUUCCAAGAACAUCUUGUUUUUCUGUGUUGCCAAACUUUGUGUUGAUUGUGAGACUCCUGAUAUUUAGUGUUUUCUUAAAGGCCCCAGCUAGCUGGCCUCAGGUUAUUUACCUGAGAAUCUUUGAUUUUGUUUAAAAAAAAUUUCUAACCCUCAGUUUUGUAGAGGAAAACAAACCCUGUGUGCUCCAGUACCAUUGUGCAGAUGUUCAAUAAAAAGAACCCCAAGUGUUUAAUUUAAAAAAAAAAUAUUAGGUCUGACUCCUGGUUGCUGGAUGUUUGGCAAUACUUCAUUUAUGAUAUAUAUUUGAUACAGUAACUUUCUGAGGAGGUGAGUUGAGAUUAUGCUAGAGAACCACGUGACCGGUAUAUAACAUGCCUGGGAGCAAGCAUGCAGAAUAUGUGCAUAUAUAAUUGCAUUGCUUAGCAGGUAGUAGACUCAUGACAGUCACGAUCAGUGCUGCUGGAGCCGCUAGUCUGAUUCUGUCACUGUUCCCAUCACCGUGACGCUUUCUGUAUUAGCAGGAUCUGAGAGCUGUAUUGCAAAUUUAUUUUAUAACUUUUGUAUCUGAACAGGAAAAGCAGCCCAUCAGGUGGUGGGAUUGUAACAUCACUUUUGACUUUGGCACACUGUUGUCAUAGAGCAGUCCUGUUGGUUAAAAUACCCUGAAUAUUUUAAAUUGGAAAUGUUUUAAGGGGAGUACAUGUCUAUGGAAAAUUGAGAUUUGUCUUAGCUGAAUCAGAUAGCAGCCUUAAAAUAAUGAGGUGGGGCGAGGAGGCAGAGCAGCAGUGAUUGUGCUCAUGCUAUGAUAAGCUGUCAGCUAACACAAGAUAAUUCAAUUAUCCAAGUGAUUUAUUUGUCAGGUUACCCCAAAAGAUGGUACAAUUCAACAUGGUAACUCCCUUUGUAGGGGGUGGGGGAAUAACUCUGACAAUGGCUCUGUUAUUGUAUUAUGGAAAGGCAGUAACCUCUCCAUAGUUAAGGUUGAAACCAUUUUUCUGUUAUAAAGAGAAAUUUUGCUAACCUUCUAAACUGCUUGGGAGAAGCUUUCUCUUACUGCAAGUGAGCUAGGUAAGGUGGUAGGUCAGAGGGAAUUUUUUGUGACAAAUCUGGCUGUUCAAUUUUGGAGACUUCCCUGAUUAUAAGAAUAAUUCAGUGAAUCUUUGUCAUAUCCUACCUCUAGAAUGAUGCAACCCAGAAACUUCGGCUUAGGUUUGUUUUCAGGGGUUUUGGUGACCAGUAGUGCAUUUUGGCAUCUUGAAGAGACAGGUCCCCAUAUGGAGAAAUAGAACAUUCUGUCUGUGUCUUAUGGAUCUCUCAGGUUCACUGUUACUUUUGUCAAAACCAGGAUAGCUUAUAGAGGUGGUGUAAGAUUUGGAAGAUUCAUAAAGUUGCUGUUUUGUUUCAGAACUCUGCCAGCAUUUCAAAGAUAUGGAGGGAAGCAGGCAGACUUUAAAAGCCAAGCCCUUUGUCCUACCUUUCUGUUAUAAACUUCUGCCCGGUAACGCUGCCAAAAUUAAACAAAUCCACCUGAAACUUCUGACUGAGCUCCUUGCCAGGUGAGAAUAUCUUAACCAACUAUCAAGUGACUAAGACAUGAUAUUUUUCAGAUAUGGGAGCUAAAAUGAGUACUAUCCCUAUUGUGCUAUUAAUUUUCAUAUUUAAACUCCCUUUAAAAAUGAAACUAAUUGCAGAAUUUCUAGUCUGCCUCAACAAAUGGCUGCAGAAUCCCGGAAUCUUUCUGUGGAACUUAAGUUCAGCUUCCGGGACUAAACACGCUCUUGAAAUAGAAAUGGGUCUAUCAUCCAUGAGUGUACUAGAAAACUAGUAUAAUUGUCUGUCUGAUCAAGAGAAGUACUGGACAUGACACACUUUAGAUACUGGUAGCAGAGUUCAAAUGGGCACCAUCAACUUAAAAAUCACAUUUGUCUGAAAUUUAUUUUUUUUACCUUCAUGUGUUAAGGUUACUAUAACCUGAGCAAGACGGGGGCAGGGAGGAGAAUAUAGUCUUUAUUUUGUCAGUCUGUUUCUGCAUUUAACAGCAAUUUAUAUACUGUUUCCUCUGUGUAGUCAGUCAGAUUUCCCUGAUUCUGGGGGUCUUUUACAUAGCAAUAGUAAAGGUGGGGAAAGUGAUGUGAAACCACAAAAAUUGGCUGAGGGACUCAGGGCACAUGUAGUACCUGAAACUACUUUUCAUCUGACUAGAUUUCAAGUUGGAUUGUGUCCCUUUUAAGAAGUAGUUUAGCGUAACCAAGCACUAAAAUACAGUAGUCUUUAAAAACAAUGCAACACACACUUAAAAGCCUCAUCUUCUGUUAGAUGAAAACCUGCUUUUUUUCAUGAUACUUAGAUAUGGUACAAGUCUCCCUUGUGCUUGAACAACUCAGUUCUAAUCCUUUUUACUUUUAUUCUUUAGUCCUUGAAAGAAAUGUAAAAUAAAUUAAUAAAUCAAAUGUUCUGGGUCUAACCUAAACAAAAGGACCAGAAAUUCAUAACUCAUGGUUGUAAACAAGGAGAGUUGUUCAAGGGAAAAGGACUCCUGUCACAGCCUGUUAAUGUCUGUUUGACACGUAGUUUUUUGUAGAACCUUUGAGAGCUAGAGAGAGAGAGAGAGGCAGAGCAAUUUUUAGAACAGUGGGGGAAGGGGAAUUAAGUAAAAUCUACCCUCUAACAGUGACAGAGGAAUGAAAGAGAGCAUGCAAGACAGGAACACGUUUAAGUGUUAUUAGUGCCUAUUUUAAAAAGGAAGUGGGCUGGAAAAUAGAGCUACAAAUGUCAGUUUCUUAUGGAGAAAUAUUAAGUUCUGGAAGAAAUUAAAAACACUUUUAAAAUGGCAGAACGAGAGUGAUGACCUUGUCUUAUAAUAGUGAGGUGUGGGGUCAGGAAUGGGAUCAGAGUAAAAGCAUCCUGGGUGAUUUCUGUGACCUUGCUCAGUAUUGUUGUGUCCUUAGAGGUUCAUGCUGAUAAGUGGAAUUCUUCUAAACAUAUUGCAUGCAAGGGAACUAGGCUGAGAUAUACAGUUCUGUGUACACAGGUUAUUGGCUAUCACACAGUUGCUGCUGUAAGUAAAUGCCGUGAAGUGUUAAUGAAUUGAUACUGCUGGUUGGAUCUGAUAGGAUGAGUAAUUGGCAUGGAGUUGUUUCAGCAGAGUUGGCAGUUGAAUAGUGUUAAUCACAGUGAUGACUUUAAUAGCAUUUAAUAGACACUUAUCUGAAUUCAGAUCAGAUGAUAUAUUGCUUUAAAAAAAAAGCAUUCCCAGUGCUAUUAGCAUUAUAUGGUAGAAAGACACUAAAAUUGCCAGAAGAAAGUUGUGGGUUUUGUGUUUUGUCUUUCUUCCCCUGUUUGAGAAGUGCUUGCUUUCUGGGUUCUGGUUAUAGGUCUGCUGCACUUUCCAUUAGAAACCUGUGCUUUCACUUGAUAUUUUAAUAAAAGAACAGUUUUGAGCUGAAACUUAGCAGCCACCUCCCACAAAUCCUAAAAGGAACUUUCCAAAACAGAGAUGCUAUUAAAGACUACCAAGGAAAUACAGGUGUUUUUUAAAUAUGUAUUAGACAAUAGGUUUUGGCUCCUCAGGUGUCACUAGAGAUUGCUUAAAUCACAUACAAGUCUAUGAAGGGUAUAUAUUGAAGGGUUGUUUCAGUUGAAGCUUCUUAAGAUUAAAAAAGCUAUGUUAAAAGGAAAUUCAAGGUCUGACUUGACAGACAAAAGCUAGGAAAAUUGGAGUUAAGGUUGCUACUCCAUUCUUAGCACUUAAAUGCCACCGUGAUGGGUGUUCUACAAACGCUGAAAGAUUAAUGGAUCACUGUGCACAGUGUGAGGUUAUGUAUUGCCACAUGUGUUGUAUUUGAGUAAAAGCAAAUGCUUCUGGGGAUGUGUGGGGGAAAUGUCAGCCUUAACUGAAUUUUUCUGAUCCUUGUUAGUCUAACACUUGAAGACUGCAGAUGGUUUUUAUAUAUCUAGAUCGCUGUUAGUUAAAUUUGGAUUAAAACUUCUGUUCAUACUUACAGGUGCCUUUAGGCACUAGUGCAAUAUCCUAGUCACAGUGUGCUAGGCAAUAUACUAACACAGAAUAACAGCCUCUUUGCAGUUGUUCAUAAGUUUGGACUCGUUUCUUUUGGGUUGAAAUUUCCCAGGCUUCAUCUCUGCCCAAAAAUUAGUGUUUGGAAAACUAAUGCAAAAUCAUUUAAACUGUACUGAAUAUUUAAUGGUUUUCCCCAUGCAUCUAUUAUGUGUAUAUCUUUUCGAUUGGGUUGUGAACAGAAAGGGUGGUUGUGACCUCCCACCGCUUUCUUUCUGGUUAAGUGGAGGAGGUGAUCCCAAAAAUUCCUGUUGUAACAGUGUCCUGGUCUGGAGAAGGGUGAAAACUACUGCUCUGAAGCAGCCAUUUGGUUGGCAGAAUGCUACCAUUGGAAGGUCUAUGCUACAAACCAGAACCCCAUUUCUACCAAAAGGGUUAUAACUUGUAGCAUGGACAAGACUAGGUUAGUCCCAUCCACACUAUAAGCUUGAAUUUUGGUUCAGUGCAGCAUUUUAAAGUCACUGUUUUCAUGAGACCCUCUGAAAAGAAGAAACCCAUGCAAGCACCCUAAGUUGUUCUGCAGUUCUAGUUUUGUGUGGGUUUUCCAAGCUGUGCACAUUCCUGCCGAGAUUGUUUACUUUCCUGUGCACCAGCAACAAAAGACAGCUGUGUUGGCAGCAUAGGAAAUUUUGCAAAAUGCAACGUUUGUCAAAAAAAAAGGAGGACAUAAUCAAUAGAGAGAAAAAAUGUUUUCAAGCUUCUUGGAAUACAAACAAUGGAAUACAAAAAAUCCAAGCUAGAAAAAAGUUGGCAGCGCACUGUCUGAACAUAUCUUAGUUAAGGAAACAACUGUUUUAAGCUAACGCAUUUUGUCUGCUUUAUUUUAUUGACGGGUUCAUGUCUUGUUGCUGAUAUUUCUUUAUGCUAAAAAGUACAUAAGACAAAUAUUUAACUUGCUGAGGACUGGGGAUCUGUUUCUGCAUUUGUCCUAGUUAAAACAUGAUUUACCAGAGCUUUCUGCUUUCUCAAGUCAUGAGCCAUAUUGCACCAAAUCUCAACAACACUUUAAUAUCACUAGUAGUGAUGAUAACUCAUGCAUUUGGGCAGCCUAGUGACACUGCUCUGUAUUGUCAUACUGAAGACCCUAGUAUCUCCUCCCCUGGUGGAUUGAUCUCCAAGGCCUAGCAAGAUAUGGGAGGUAAUGCACUCAGCUCCUAGGGUUUUGUGUCAUUCAGCAGUGACCUAGUUAAGGUGUGACUUUUUUUGCCAGUUGUGAAGGGAGUAUUGUCCAUUCCUUGGUCAAAAGGAUGGGUGUCCUUUAGGACCCCAAGGAUAAGGGAGACAUAGCUAGAAAACAAGAAGGAUCUUAAGGGCUUCUGAGGGGGAUCCCCCAAUGCAAUCCAUUUGUGUAGUUGCCUCUGCAUAUUGUCCUUUUCUAGCUGUCUAAUGUGACUCUAGUUAUUGCUAAGCUAUUUAUUAAUGAUGCUGUUUGCUCUAGGGUUUGAGCAAUAUAGUAUAUAAAAUAUGUCCUCCUUCUUUGCUAAAGAUUCUCUGUGAUGGGAGGAAAUGUUAUACUAGUAUAAACAAUGCAUCUAUUUUUACCUUUAGUUCUAGAGAUCUAAGUCUGCCUCUUAUCCCCUCCUCAUUUUUCCUUUUCCUCCCACUUCUCCCUUGCAGCUCCUCAUCUAGAAAGGAAGAAUUUUCUUCCUUUGGAACCAGCAUCAAAGUUUGUGUGUGACUCAGACAAUAAACUCCACCUGAAUUGUUGGCUCAGUGCAGAUGCCCUGUAUAAUGUUGUCCAGUCUGAUUCAAAUUCCUCUGGAAAAAUACAGAUCUGUGGUCUGAUGCUGCAAAUAAGCCUAUGGCGUUGGGAACUUAGGAAAUGCCAUACAGAGUAUACAGGACUAGAUGACCCACUGGUUUGAUGUUGCUGACAUUGGCCAGUACCAGAUGCUUCAGAGGACGACUUUAAUCUCCUAUUGUGCCAUAACCUGCCAAUAGAGGAUGAUUCAUCUUAAAUCCAGACUGUUAGAGCUGCUUGUGCCUGUAGUAUGGGGGUUUAUAUUACUUAACUUCUAUCCUUGUCUGGGACACGCCUUGCUAUCACCCUGCCUGGAGAGGAAUCACACUUGUUUCCAACCAUUUUACACUGGUUUGAAAGGAGAAUUAUUUGCCUCCUCAGUUCUUCCUUUGUUCCCCACCCCAAGUGAACAAAAAAGAAAGACAAUCUGAUACCUAUACUUUGUACUUUGAGUGACUGGUCAGACUUCUCAUCCAAGACAUUUCUCCAGUGUUAGGUAUAUAAUAUAAUGUAAGCACAGUAUCAGACAUCUCGCAGUAAUGUUAGACUUUUGUAACUAUUUGUAUUGAUUGAAAAUGCACAUAAUUAUGAUCAGUAUUAAAAUAGUUUUUGAGUACACAACUAUUGCUUUAUUCUAGCAACCUCCUCUCAGCAUGUUGGCUAAUGAACCUUGGAUGGAAAACAAGAAGGGCCGAUUAUUCGAAAUAAGGGAUCUGUUGUGUCAUUUAAACAUAGUCCUCGCUUAUUUAUCUUGACUGUUACUGUGCACUUGCAAUUCUGAGCAGAGAGGCUGCGAUACAGCAGGUUUUGUAAGCUGUGGCUUAAGCAGUUAUCCAGUAUUUUAAGACUUUCUUUCCUAUUUAGGCUGACUGGUUACUUGUGCAUGAGCUGUAAACCUGUUAUUAAACAUGCUAUGCAUAUUGUAUAUUCACUGAUGUGAAUUGUUCUAACAGUGCUUGUGUGUGUUGAGUUACGAUGCUACAUUGCCUUAUAUAUUUAAGUGUAUUGCAUGAAGUUUAAUUGUUUUUAUAUUGUCACUUUUGUAUUCACAUAGUGCCUCAAGUAUCUAUUUGCUUAUUGCAAGAAAUGUACAUUGUUUCAAAACAGUGAUUGAGUAGCAAAGGGAGUAGGGGCAAGAGAUUCCCUUACUGUAGGACGUGUUUUGAAGUGUUAAUAAAUUGCAAGGAUCCAAA